UAGCUAUCUUCUUUUAUGGCAUAGAAACCAUUAGCUAUUACCCGUUUCUCUUUCGCACUGCACUGCUGCACUUUGUGAAAUUUGUUCUGAUAAGUUUUGUUGAAUCAAUAAUUAUUCGCUGCCAAGGCGAUAAUUUAUAGGUGUUGAGACGUCUUACGUGUUGGGGUCACACGCAAGUCAUAUAAUUCAAAUGCCAACACUCGGUUUGAAGCGCCUUCAACGAUGUCGAGCUUUUUGGAGCAGUUGCCCAAGCAUCUGCAGGAGAUUGCCGAGCGGGUCAAUGUGCUCACACCCGAGGCAAUAUUAACCACGCCUAGGAUUAAGUUCAUGGACACCCGGUCCUGUGACCUGGAUACUUGUGUGCAUAGCUGCAGUCCGGAGGAUGUGCGCAUUUUGAAGGACGCAGCUGCCAAGUGGCUGGCAGAAACGCCCGUAUCAGCGGAUUCUUUAUUCAAAAUACCCGCUCGCUUGAAGUGGUCGCGUGUGACCUUUGGCUGUGCCGCGCUAGAUCAGUGCACUGGCGGAGGUGUUUCGAUACGUGGCAUAACAGAAAUCUGUGGAGCCUCAGGCGUGGGCAAAUCUCAGGUGCUCCUGCAGCUGUCGCUUAGUGUGCAGCUGCCACCGAGACUAGGCGGCUUGGGCAAAGGCGUGGCCUUCAUCUGCACUGAAGAUGCUUUUCCAUCCCGGCGUUUGCUGCAGAUAAGCAAAGCAUUUGAGGCACGCUAUCCGGAGGAGCAACUUAACUUUUUGGGUAACAUCUUUAUUGAGCAUCAAUAUGAAAGCCAACCACUGCUUGACUGCAUCAGCAAUCGCCUGCCGCAACUGCUGCAGGAGCACAGCAUUGGCUUGAUCAUCAUUGAUUCGGUGGCAGCCAUCUUUCGCCUGUACACCGACUUCGAGGAGCGUGCGCGUGAUAUGCGCCGCAUGGUGCAUGCGCUGCUCAGCUAUGCGGAUAAGUACGACUGUGCAGUGGUGUGUUCCAAUCAAAUGACUGCUACUGAGAAGGCGGAUCAGAAGACUUUGGAGGAUGUGCCUUGCUUGGGCUUGCAGUGGGCAAAUCUAGGUCGAACACGCAUGCGCAUAUCCAAGGUGCCCAAACAGUUUAAGCAGGGAGAUCAGCUGCUUACAGUGCGCAAGCUAGAAGUUAUGUACUCUCCCGAGACUCCAAAUGCAUUUACCGAGUUUUUGAUUACCGCAGACGGUGUGGUAAAUGUGCCAAAACCACGCCGACCACACGGCCAUAUUAAAAGAAAACAUGAUUUAAUUUGCUGAA